AUGAAAAAUAUAGAUUUUUCUCCCGUUGAAACACUUGACGAGUUACGGGAAAAAGUUAAACUUUCAAUGCGGCGAGGAAAAAAAUAUAAACUGGAUGAACUAACUUUCCAAAUGGAUCAUGAAGUGGUAAGGCUUCCCCCUUACCACUGUCAGUACAAUCCAAUAGAACUCAUUUGGGCACAAGUAAAAGGCAGAGUGGCUGAAAAAAAUUCAACAUUCAAAAUUGCAGAUGUCGAGACACUUGUGCAUAAAGAAAUCGAUGCAGUAACUCCGGAAGAUUGGGCCAAAUGUGGAGAACAUUGCGUCAAGAUCCAGGAAGAGGACUUCGUCAAGGCAGGACUAAGGGAUGAUAUAUUAGAACCAAUAAUAUUGACCAUUAAUCCUGACGAAAGUAGUUCAAGCGAAGAUGAAGACGACAAUGAGGACUAG